AUGAUACCCUAUGAGGAUGAAGCCUUCCGCUUCCCCUUCAGCACUAACAGAAACAUAGAACUGGAAGUUGAUGAGAUGUUUUACGUGGAGGUGCGAACAGAAGGGGUGGAUCAGCGCCAAUUUGCCACAGUUCUGGACUCUUGCUGGGCCACACCAGUCAACCAAGCAAACUACCCUGUCCGCUGGGAUCUCAUUGCUUCACAGUGUCCUAAUCCAGAAGAUGGAACCGUGGAGGUGAUUCAGAACGGUGUCUCCACUGUGUCUCGUUUCUCCUUCAGGAUGUUCACUUUCACCAACCACACACAGAUUUUCUUGCACUGCAGUGUCCACUUGUGUCUUUUGAGAAACAACAACUGCAGAGCUCAUUGCUACCCGGGUCACCAUGCUCUAUUCAAGAGGGACGUAUCUUACCAUGACUCUGGAGCUCUGUCAAUUGGACCACUGGUACUCGGGACACAACCGAAAACUGGUGGACUAAUCCAAAGAAAUGGUGCUUCAGGCCAUCUGGCAUCAAUUGUUACCCUGAUUAUCAAUUUGCUGAUGACCAGAAUUCUGGUCAAAUGAGAUCAAAGAAUAAUCAUACAUUAAAAGCCAGUAAA